AUGCCAGAAGCAAGCCUCAAACAGCUCAUCGAUGCCUUACGAAAAGAUGGUGUGCUCAAUAAUUUGCAAAAAGAGGAGAUACUGCAGAAGAACCCAGUUAGAGCCGACAAAGCACGUGAUCUCCUGGACUAUGUGAAGAAUCAAGGAGAAAAUGCCUGUAAGAAGAUGAUAGAACAUUUUAAAGCCAUAGAUCCAGCCCUUUCCUCUGAUCUGGACUUUUCCCCUGCUCAUCCUCUUCUGAAAGUGAGCGAGGUUGAAAAGAUCAGGUGUAACUUUGUGGACAGAAUGCCAGAAGCAAGCCUCAAACAGCUCAUCGAUGCCUUACGAAAAGAUGGUGUGCUCAAUAAUUUGCAAAAAGAGGAGAUACUGCAGAAGAACCCAGUUAGAGCCGACAAAGCACGUGAUCUCCUGGACUAUGUGAAGAAUCAAGGAGAGAAUGCCUGUAAGAAGAUGAUAGAACAUUUUAAAGCCAUAGAGCCAGUCCUUUCCUCUGAUCUGGGCGUUUCCCCUGCUCAUCCUCUUCUGAAAGGUGAGGCCACACAUCCUUUAACAGCAGUUACUGUGAACAGCCACUGUCUUUCUCUGUGA